UUUUUUCCGACAUUUGUGAAUUGAAUUAAGAAUUUGUAGAUUGUGUUUUUUAAAUUAUUUUUUUGUAGUACAUUAGAAGUCAACAUAAAAAACAGAGCUAGCAAAAUAUACUAUACUCACCAGAGGAAAGAAAGAGCGGUGAAAAGAGACACACUUCUGCGCUUACUUUCGGGCAGAGGAGGGAGAUCCCUGGAUGGACAUAUUAUAGGAAACUCUAGCCUUAAGCAAAGCGGGUCUGUGGAAAACAAAGCUCUCUCUGCGGACUCUUAGUAAUGAACAGAAACAUGGGAAAGUGGAGGGGUUAAGCUGUCUUCGUGUUUUUCUCACUUUCCUAGUUUUUUAAGGCAUGCUUCCACGUUUCAGUCUUGAUCUUAGCUUCUGUCUAGUGUGCCCUUAUCUUUUGAAUGCGACUUUUAUUUCUUGAGGAAUAAUCAGAGUAAUAAUUCCAGGCACCUGACAAACCGAAAUUGUUCGUUUUAUUACCCUCUAUUACAGUCAGUUUUGAAGCCUCAUAGCCGUUAUUUUAAUUUUAGACUGUCAAAAUAGUAGCGUGUUGUUUGGAUGUGCCUACCUUAUUAUGCCGUUUUAACUGUAUGCCGCUUUGGACGUUCUCACGCUGCGUGGCUCUGAGCACCCGCACGCCGUCAGCUGAAGCUCGAGCACAUGAGCCGAGCCGAAACGCAGCACCGACGCACCACCUACCUCAUCUCCCUCACCCUCGUCAAGGUCGAGGCGGUGGGAGAGAAUGGGGCCCAGCCGACCAAAGUCACUGCUCGGGGAAGAGAAACGGGACAAAGAAGCACCGGUGGAGAUCUGCGGGAGGAUGAGAAAGGACCGCCCACAUCUGCACGGCGGUUACAAGAAGAGGAUUUGGAGCUGAAGAUGAAGGAAAGUCUCAGAUUGGAAAGGGAAAAGAACAGGCGGGAGAAGAAUGAGAGACAGCAGUUCAUUACCGCCAAAAACGAACAGCCCGCAGAUGAUAGGGCACAAGUUAAACUGCAAGGUCUGGAUGCAAAAAGUGGUUGGGCAGAGGCCAGAGGGAAAAAGGUAAAAUCUGAGAUGAGCACAGAAGAGGCAGCAGAAGCAUGCAGAGGAACACUCAUCUUGAAGCCUGUGGAAGUAACUCAGCCAAAGAGUAACACCCCUCUACAGGUCAGCCAACGGCCAGGUGCCCUACUGGCAGACCCCAGUGGUCUGAUGAGCCAGCAGGAGCAUAAGGACUUCAAGCGGAGUGCCAUUGGCUUUUCCCAGAGCCUGGAAUACACCAGCAACAAGGUGAGGACCAAGUCAGAAGCAACCUUAAUGUCAUGCCCCAGUCGGAUUUCGUGGACAGGAGGUGAAGGGAGGGCAAGAUCUCAACCUGGUGAGAGCACCAUGGGUGCAGGGGAUUCGGCCGCUUGUGACAGCCCCAGACCAGAGAGACUGAAGACUGGUUCCACCUCACUCCCAGGGCCUUUCAGCCAGGCCUCCAAGCCACCACACAAAGGCAAGAGUCGCACCCUGGACAACAGUGACCUGCACUCCCUGUCUGAGGACUUGCGGUGGGGGAAGGGAGUCCAGAUGACUGCCAGCAUGGGGCCCACUCUUCUUCACAGUCAUGCACAGCGCACAUCUGCACGUGACCACAAGAUGCUGAAGUUCAUCAGUGGCAUUUUUGCCAAGAGCACCACUGUCCCAGCCGGAACUGCUACUGCUCCAAGUCUCUACAGGUCUGUCCAGAGAGAAUCAAGUGAAGAGGAAGUAGCCUGUUCCUACAGUCAGGAGUGGACCUUGAGUCGCUCAGUCCCAGAACUUCGCUUGGGGGUGAUGGGCAGUCUGCGCAGCAACAAGUCAGCCCUGGUGAACAGAUACAUCACGGGGAGCUACCUUCCCCUGGAGUCCCCAGAAGGGGGAAGGUAUAAGAAGGAGGUCCUUAUUGAUGGACAGAGUCAUCUGCUCUUAAUCAGAGAGGAGUCUGGGCCUCCAGACGCACAGUUCAGCGCCUGGGUGGAUGCUGUCAUCCUGGUGUUCGGUCUGGAGAACGAGAACAGCUUCCACGAGGUCUACCAGAACUACGGCAAGCUGAGCACUUACCGCGACAUUACUGAGAUACCGCUGAUUGUGGUGGCUACGCAGGAUAAGAUCAGCAGCACCAAUCCACGCGUGAUCGACGAUGCCCGCGUACGGCAAAUUUGCUGCGACUUGCGUCGCUGUGUGUACUACGAGACGUGCGCCACCUACGGACUCAAUGUGAAUCGCGUCUUCACCGAGGCUGCCCAGAAGAUAUCGGCAUUAAAGAAACAAAAUGCCAUACAGGCCUCCUGCAAAUCUCUGCCCAGCUCACCCAGUCACUCAGGAGGCUCAACACCAGUGUCAGGAUCCAUUCCAGGACAGGCAAGCAACGGAGGCCAGAGCAGCGACUACUCAUCCUCCCUGCCCUCUACGCCGGUGGUCAGCCGCAGGAAUUUGCAGGGGACUUUGACAGCAGAUGGAGUAGGAAUUGCCACCCCGGGGGUGCAGCGGAACCCAUCCAGUCAGCGGAUCUCGCGUUUCACGAAUUCCCGCAGCAAUGACUCAGAAAAGAAGGGCGCUGAAGGCAAGGGAGAAAUGGGCAGUGGCAGGUCCAUCCCAAUUAAACAGAGCAUCCUUUUGAAGAAGAGUGGGAACUCCUUGAACAAGGAGUGGAAGAAGAAGUUUGUCACUCUAUCUAGCAGUGGCAUUUUGUCCUACCACUCGAGUGUUCACGAGUACAUGCAGAAUGCCCAUGGGAAGGAGAUCGACUUGUUACGCGUGACAGUGAAGGUGCCGGGGAAGCGGCCUCCCCGUGCUAUGCCCGCUGGUGGGCCUCCAGCAGGCCUAAAUGGAUUGGUGAAGGACAUGUCAAGCUCUGAAGGGCCCGGUGCAGCUCCCCUAUUUCCCAGCAAUCUUUUGCCUGUAGAAGAGGGGGUUGGACGUGAAGGUACUAUUUCACCACGGGGGGGCAGGGGGAUACAGAGAUGCCCCUCUUCACUGUCCAGUAAAUCCCAGAGCAUGGACUCAGCCAUCGAAGGAAUGAAUAGCCCUCCUAGUGCAAAAGACCUUGUUCCAUCUUCCCCGAUGGUUUCCAGAAGUAAGGCAAGGAGAAAGAAGAGCAUGAAUCAAAGAGGAGAUGCUGCGAUUGGACAAGCAGAAGCCAAGCGCAAAAUGUGGAAACUGAAAAGCUUUGGUAGUUUGAGAAACGUUAACAAAGCAGAUGAAGAGAAUUUUGACUUCGUCAUCGUGUCGAGCACGGGUCAGACCUGGAACUUCGAGGCCUCGAGUCUGGAGGAGCGGGAUGCCUGGGUGCAGGCCAUUAAGAGUCAGAUUCUGGCCAGCCUGCAGUCCUGCGAAAGCAGCAAGAACAAGGCAGGGAGGAACAGUCAGAAUGAAGCAGUGGCAUUACAAGCCAUUCGGAAUGCCAAAGGCAAUAGCUUCUGUGUGGACUGUGGAGCAGCCAACCCGACGUGGGCCAGCCUCAACCUGGGGGCGCUGAUCUGCAUCGAAUGUUCAGGCAUUCACCGCAACCUGGGCACGCACCUGUCACGCGUGCGUUCGCUGGACCUGGACGACUGGCCGCGAGAGCUGACGCGGGUGCUCGCGGCCAUCGGCAACCACAUGGCCAACAGCAUCUGGGAGAGCUGCACAAAAGGGCGCCAGAAGCCCUCGCAAGAGGCCACUCGAGAAGAACGAGAGUCGUGGAUUCGAGCUAAGUACGAGCAGAGGCUGUUUGUUGCUCCCCUGCCUGAGAGGAGCAGCAUGUCUGCGAGUCUGCUCUCAGCUGUCACACAGAGAGAUCUCCCAAGGCUGCUCCUGCUGCUCGCACACAGCAACAAGGAGGAGAUGAACACCCCCCUGCCCACUCCACCUGGCGGUGCUGUCCAACAGGCACACUCUGCUCUGCACGCAGCGUGUCAGCUGGGCGAUGUGGUCAUGACUCAGUUGUUAGUCUGGUAUGGCAGUGAUGUGAAAGCCAAGGAUUGCCAGGGCCGAACUGCACUUGCGAUGGCACGCUGCGCAGGGAGCCAGGAGUGCGCCGACAUCCUGCUCCAACACGGGUGUCCCGAUGAGGCUCCUCCGACUGCCCCGACACUCGGUCUGUCCCGCAACAGCAGCACAACCAGCCUGAGCAGAACAAGCUCCAGGAGAGGGGUUUCUUAAUUUUCCUAAGAACA